GAAUUUGUACAAUAAAAAGGAACUCAAGAAAGAGAGAAGAAAGGUGUGAAGAAAGAGUAGAGGAGAGGAUGCAAAUUACAUGACAAGAGAAAGAAACUGAGUUGAGUAGAACAACUCUUUCUCUUUCUUCUUCUUCUUCUUCUUCUUCUUCUUCUUCUUCUUCUGUAAUGGAAGAAACCUUUGUUUUCCAAUGGACUGUAAUCAGAUCUCUCUUAUCUAUCCUUCAAUGGUGGACUUUCAAUGUUACCGUUAUCAUCAUCAACAAGUGGAUCUUCCAGAAAUUAGAUUUCAAGUUUCCCCUAUCAGUAUCCUGUGUCCACUUUAUCAUCUCAGCCAUUGGAGCAUAUGUAGUAAUUAAGGUGUUGAAGCUUAAACCACUGAUUACUGUUGACCCUGAAGAUCGCGUGAAAAGAAUCUUUCCAAUGUCAUUGGUGUUCUGUAUUAACAUAGUGCUGGGGAAUGUGAGCCUACGAUACAUUCCAGUUUCGUUUAUGCAGACAAUAAAGUCAUUCACACCCGCAACCACAGUUGCUUUGCAAUGGCUAGUGUGGAGGAAGCAUUUUGACUGGCGUAUUUGGGCCUCUCUUAUACCCAUUGUUGGAGGGAUUCUUCUCACAUCUGUUACAGAGAUGAGCUUUAAUAUGUUUGGAUUUUGUGCUGCCUUAUUCGGCUGUUUGGCUACAUCUACAAAGACUAUCCUUGCAGAAUCUCUUCUCCAUGGAUACAAAUUUGACAGCAUAAACACGGUUUAUUACAUGGCUCCUUAUGCGACUAUGAUAUUGGUGGUUCCUGCCAUGGUACUUGAAGGCAAUGGAGUUCUUGAAUGGCUAAAUACUCAUCCAUAUCCUUGGGCGGCCCUCAUCAUUAUUUUUAGUUCUGGGGUGUUGGCUUUCUGUCUUAACUUCUCCAUUUUUUACGUGAUCCACUCCACCACUGCUGUAACAUUUAACGUCGCUGGGAACCUUAAGGUUGCGGUUGCUGUCCUUGUUUCUUGGCUGAUAUUUAGGAACCCAAUUUCAUAUUUAAAUGCUGUUGGGUGUGCCAUCACUCUUGUGGGUUGUACAUUCUAUGGUUAUGUUAGGCACUUGCUCUCCCAACAGCCACCAGUUCCAGGAACUCCUCGAACACCAAGAACCCCUCGGAGUAAAAUGGAGUCGCUUCCACUUGUAAAUGAUAAAUUAGAAAAUAAGGUCUAAUUUUCUUAGCUACAUAUAAUAUAUGAUGUUUCUCCUGUCAUUUGGAAGGUAAUUAUAGCAAUAGGUAUAAAAAAAUAUGAAAGUGAGUUUGGUUAUUUAAUGUGUUAGAAUACACCAAAAGUUUUAAUACAAGAUUCUUUCUUGUUUCUUUAACCCCCCAUCUUUGUCAAUUCUCUUGUCUUAGCAUAGAGUUUUAUGGGUUGUAUGUAGCCCACGGGCGAUGAUUGUUAAGUUAUUGUUUUUUUUUUUGUGAUUUUGUAAUUGCAAAUGAGUUGGACUUAUCAUACCUAACAGUAAUUUGUCCAUUAGUGUUUCUAAAUUCUAA